UUGUUUUUAUUCAUCUUGCAUUGAGGCAGGGACAGACGAGUUGACCUAACCUCAAUUUCUGGAAGUCAGAGUUUCUGCAGGUUCUGCAUGAGUUUUGUUGGGAAGAUUUCUGGUCAGAUUAGGAAGAUGAGUACUGGAGGAUACCCAAGUCUGCCUAAAGUGCUCGAGGUGUUGAGAACUUUUGCCCCGGAAACCCUGGCUGAGCCCUGGGAUAAUGUAGGACUUUUGGUGGAGCCGGCAACACCGAAACCUGUCUCUGGAGUUCUCCUGACGAAUGAUCUGACGGAGGAGGUUCUUCAGGAAGCUGUGAAAUUGAGAGCUGACUUGGUAAUAUCCUACCAUCCUCCUCUGUUUGAGCCUCUUAAGAGGAUAACUCAAGCUUCUUGGAAGGAACGGAUCGUUGCGACUUGCUUGGAGCGUGGGAUUGCUGUCUACUCACCCCACACGGCCUGGGACAGUGUCCGGGGAGGAGUCAACGACUGCCUGGGUAAGUUUCUAUCUGAAAAGUAUGACAAAGGGGAGCCAAUAGUUCCCAACAAAGAUCGCCCGGAUUGUGGCGCUGGGAGAAUCUAUCAGUCUCUUGAGGAUGGUGGGAUGUCAGUUUCUGAGAUAAUAGCCAAGUUGAAGCUUCACAUUUCCACUCCUGACCAGAAAAUCCCUGUCGCUCUGGUCCAUCCACUGACUCACAAGGUGAAGUCUGUGGCUCUGUGCGCGGGAUCAGGAUGGAGUGUGCUCAAAGGGCAGAAAGCUGAGUUGUUUAUCACGGGUGAGAUGUCUCAUCACUCCAUCCUGGAUGCCAAUCACUCAGGCUCCAGCGUACUUCUGACAAAUCACAGCAAUUCUGAGAGAAUGUUUCUUCCAACGGCCAAGGCCUACUUGGAAUCGCACCUGGAAGGGGUUUCUGUGAACAUUUCUUCAGUUGAUAGGGAUCCUCUCAGUCUUGAUACAAUUUGAAUUAUUAAAAAUACAUUUAUUUACUCAAUUAAUCACAUAUAAAAUGUUA